AUGAUCUUCCACUUAACCAACGUCGUGGGACUCACUCCCAAUAAUCCUCAACAAUAUAUAUCUAAUUUCAUCCCAAUGCAAAUGGUAAAAUGUGCCAUUGAACUCAAAAUUGGUGACACAAUCGAAAGCCAUGGAGGCCUCAUGACACUCUCCGAGCUAUCAUCUUCUUUAAAUUGUUCUUCCUCACUCCUACACCGCUUCCUGCGAUUCUUGGUUCAUCGUGGCAUUUUCAAACAAGAAAUCACAGGCGAAAAUCUCACAUGCUAUAGCCAUACACCUUUGUCUCGGCUGCUUGCCAGUAGCAGCGACAGCAGCCUGGCUCCGUUUCUUCUAGUGGAAAGCAACUCGGUGAUGCUCGCAGCAUGGCAUGGCUUCAGCGCGCGAAUUAAAGACAAUGGAGCAGCACCAUUUGAGGCUGUUCAUGGCAAGGAUUUAUGGAGCUACGCUGCUGCUGACCCAAUAUUCAACGCCAUAUUUAAUGAUGCUAUGGCAUGCUCUGCGAGGGUGAUGAGUGUGCCUGCAAUACUUGAAGAUUGUGGAGAGAUUUUUGAAGGAGUUGAGUGUUUAGUGGAUGUGGGUAGUGGGAAUGGUACAAGCUUGAGCAUGAUAGUCAAGGCUUGCCCAUGGAUUAAAGGCAUCAACUUUGAUCUUCCACAUGUUGUUGCUUCUUCAUCACCAUACAUUGGUGUUCAACAUGUUGGUGGCAAUAUGUUUGAUUGUAUUCCCAAGGCUGAUGCUGCUUUCCUCAUGGUUUGUAUGCUUCAAUUAUGUCUAUUUGGUCAUUCGUGUCCAAUAAGUACUUAA